AAAGGAAUUAGCGGACGAACGACCAACGAUGGACACCAACACAGGCAGGUCGUUUCAUGACCGAUGGAAUCAAAGCAACGCUGCAGGUGGAAGGCGUAUGCGCCAUCUGUCAUCACUGCAAACAAACAAACGGCCGACACACACGUCUCUCACAGCAUCUCGCCGCACCCAACAUCCACUCGCAGUCCCAGCCCAUCACGCAGCUGAACCGGUUCGUGCUUGUGGUUGAAAUGCACAAUGUGAGCGCUCGUCGGUCCGGUCAGCAAACACGAGACAAAUACCUUUCUACUAGUCUAAUCUAGGCAUCCGCACACAAAACAACACACCGCACCCCCACGUCAAUCAUCAUUUCAAGCCAGUCAGUCAUCACCCCUGUCCGUCCCCCUCCCCCUCCCUCUGUGUGUGGGGCGUGUACGCCGGUGGCACAUAGCUCUGCACCGGCCCGGCCCCCGCCACCCCAACACGCACCGGGGGCAGACUCGGCAGCACCACAUCAGCAGCGCCUGUCGUCGAUGGCUGCUCCCGCCUCCCUAUGUUGACCGGGUCGGUCGUGGCAGCGGGGCCGCCGGGAUACAGCGAAUAGGGAGGGGCGUGGUCCUCUACUCGAGCCGUCGUGAUGGCGCCUGCCGACAGAAGGUGGACCCGGAAGGGACGCACAAUCGAACACACCGCACUGCAGACCAGAUUGAGAACCAACCAAGAGAAGACGCACACACAGUUUCCUCUCUGUGUGUGGUGUCUGUCUGGUCUGGGUAUGGUGUGGUUACCUGGCGUCCCCGCAGAAGAGGGCAUCGAGUGGGCUGUCGACGUGGAGGCAUGUGAUGGGGAUGUCAGACUCGGAGGGCAGCUCGGCCCCCAGCUGCCGGAUGAGCACGCACUGGAUCUUGCCGUCACUCCCCCGCCGCAGCAGCCGCCGCAUCACCAGAGAGCCGUCCACACCGGCCUGCAGUGAUUGAUUGAUUGCAUGAGCACACACAUCGGAAUGGUUGGCAGCAGUGCCUUUGUCUUGUUUGUUCACCCCUCGGCCACCCACCAGCAGCAGGAUGGACGCGGGCGCCGCGUGCGACCCGCCCAACGGCUCGUCCACUACUUUGAUGGACGACAAAAGAGACCCACACGUCAUUAGACCCGCUGAGUACCUGCACGCCACACCACACCACUCUCAGUGAUCAACACACUUCCCCAGCCCAAGUCCCGCUCAGCUCACCGUUGCACUAUCGACAUGGUCUCGGCACUCAGAACAAAAACCGACCUACUACCCACCAGCGCCAGCAACAGCCCCAGCGGGGCGCACCAACACAGCGCGUUCACAGGCAGACCGCUCUCCAUCUCUGUCGCGGGACUUGCGCCGCCCUCACUGUCGAUCGCCUCGCCCCCUCCCCCCUUGGCCUCUGCGGCGAAGCUUAUGGUGGUGUCGAGCCUGAAGUCCUUCAGCUGGUACACGGCCACCAUGCCGCUGCCGUACCCCACCCACAGCUGACGCAGCGCACGCACCACCGCCAUGCAGCCAAUGAAAUCACGACCCUCGGACACCUGAUGGAUAGAACCAAACACUUGUGUGGCCGUGAUGGGGAUUGUGUGUGCAGUUUCUUGCCAGCGAUGAUGCCCUCCGCCAGCCGCCCUGCGAGCCGUCUUCUUGUGAGGGCCUCCUCCCGUCCGAUGGCUGCUGCCCCUCGUCACUAGGUGCAGUGGGUGGAGCGUCUGACGACCGUGCUGCUGUCGAUGCGGCCGACAGGGAUGUGCCGUGUGACGUGACGAGUCGAGGGGAGCUGAUUGUGUGCAACACCCGCUCACUGGGCACCUCCCAUAUAAUCACCUGUCAGUCAGACACAACACACACACGCCAAAGGGAGAGAGUCGAGCGGGCCGGGCGUAUUCCCGUGUCCGUGUUUUCGCCCAUCACGUACCUGUCCCCUUUGGUUGCCUGCAAGCACCCUCUGCGCGAAUCCGUCUAGCCCCGUGUAGACCCCCACAGCCGUGAUGCUCAGGUCGAGGGCACCUGCCGCCAUCCCAGUGGUCGGCAGGGAAUCGCCAUGGUCGGCAUCUCCGUCAGCCGCAUCUGCAAAACCAACCAACCCCAAACAAACACAUGGAUCAAUGUGUCAUCGACAGGUACACCUGUAUCAACCCACCUGUGUGCCGCUCGUUGUCCGGCAGCUCCAGCACCAGAGCCACCUCCAGGCUGCCAGCCUUGAGCACCACCACCCUCCCAUCAAGGCACCCACAUAGGUGACAGCUGCCCACCCCCGCGAUGCGCGUCGUCUCGAAGGCUGCCAUGGCCGGCUGCAUGGGCACCCGCCCUAUCCUGUUGCCUCCCUUAUCGUACCUCUCCAGCCACCGGGGGGUGGCCAGCACGAUGGCAUGAAAGUUCACUGGCGAUGGGAGGGGCUGGUGGUGCGCAGGUGGGACGGUGGGAGGGUGCGGGCUGCUGGAAGGGGAUGAGUCAGCCGAGUUGGGCAGUGCCUGGUGGACGCCGCGCUCGACAGCAAUGCCUAUCACCGGUCCCUGUGUGGAGGAAUGAAUGGACACCAAGUGCUUCAGCCAAGGUGCCGCUCACGUCUGUGGAGCACUCACCGGUUUGCCUGGCUCGUUUGCACUACCGAUGCGGUCAACGAGGCCGUCGUCGUCGCUCUUGGCCUUGCCAGCCGCUUCCGUCAAGUAGGACGAGAGGCUGCGGAACAGCUGCAUGGUGCCGAGAUGGAUCUCAGGACGCCCUCAUCCACUCCACGGCAGGCUCUGCCGCAUCCAACCACUCAUUAGAGAGGCCACAGUGACCACAUUCGUCCAUCUGCAUCCAGAGAAUGCCUGAGAAUGCCACGCAAUGCACAUCUUUGGCUCCAGAUCCUUGGUUUUGCUGCCUCCCUACCUCUCUCCAGCUUACGUCCACGCUACGUGUCCAUCUUCACCCUCAAACUUGGGAUCUCAAGCUCGCACCUCAAG